AUGUUACACCCUGUGGGUUUUCUUACUCGGUGUUCGCCAAUAAAGGACAUACAUUUACUUGUCCGCCACCAAUCGCGUCUUUUGCCGCACAAGGCACCACUUGGCUUUGAAAAGUGGUGUGGAUUUAAUUGCAGCCAUUUACGGUGUAUUCACAGCUUUUUAAACAAGUCAAAGGCCGACGGCGACACUCAAGGUUGCCCGAACCAAAGAAGGGACGCCCUCAGAAUAAUAGAAGAAUCAUUAAGCGAAGAGCCCAGUCGUAUUAACAACAACGCUGGGCUCGUUCAGCUCAUUAACGCGGUUUAUUUGUCCAAGGACCCAGUAAACCCAGAGGUUUACGAAACUCGUAACAUAUCAAUGAAUGACGUUCUGGCAUUUGUGUGGAGACAUUCCUUUCUAUUACAAGACACUAAUUCCAUCGGCUUUGGGAAGUGGUGUGGCACCAGGGACAUAGAUUUUAUUAAAGCCAAAACUAGACGAACCAGGGAUGGCGAAGGUGCCAAUGUCUCGGUGAGACAACUGUUCGUACUUAAGGAUGUUUACGUCGGAAAUGUUGUGUCAUUCAUUAUAAACCAGCUUGAUGCACAUAAGCAGACCAUUAGGUCAUUAAAGGAGGAAGGUUGCACAGUUGUCGGGUACGCCCGCAAAUCCAAGACAAGAGAAGAUGACGAUGUAAGAUUUAGAUUGUUGGAACAAAUGUGUUCCGAACUUCGAUAUAGGUCUGAGGUUGAUAAAGUUUUUGUGUCCUGCAAAUCAAAUGCAUCAGAUCCAAUUGUUAACCGGGAUGUACAAGACCAAGGGCAAAUGUUGAAUAAUUUAAAUGCAGAUGGCAACACACAGGAUCUUUUAAAUCUCAUUGCCAGAACCAAAGUGUGUUUAGUCAUGCUCACCUUUGGAGGGUUCUCGACGAAUACCCGGGAUUUUGCACGUUUCUUAAGCAAUAAUCCAAAUGUUCGAAUGAUAAUUGUUGACAAUCUCCCUCAAGAGAACAGUGUGGUGGUCCUGUCUCGUGAGGAAUUAUUAAACAAUCCUUCCAAAUUAGGUUUAUUUAAAUGGCGUACAAAUUUACAACGUCGUUUACUUUUCUUUAUCUUUUUAAAGGAUAUUCCGAAACUUUGCUGCUGGACUUUUUUUGAUAUUUGA